UGGCUCCCCAGCCUUGUCCCAUGUGAAGGCUCACAGCUUUGACUCAGCCCCAGGAAGUCCGCUGUUUCGCUCUCUGUCCCCUUGCCACCCUCCACUCCAGGGCAGCCCGGCUAGAGCCAAUGAAAUCUCCCUGAGCAACGUACACGUCCCUCUGGAGGCCAUCAGACCGAGUAAAGUCUUACCUGUGACUGCAUAUGACAAGGAUGGCGUUCGCAUGCUGCUCAACUUUGCUUCUGACUGUCCCCCUGGGCGGCCUGACGUGUUGGUAAUGGUGGUGUCGAUGCUUAAUACAGCACCUCUGCCUGUUCACAAUGUGGUCCUACAAGCUGCUGUGCCCAAGUCGAUGAAGCUGAAGCUGCAGCCCCCGUCGGGAACAGAGCUGGCACCCUUUAACCCCAUUCUACCUCCAGCCUCCAUUACUCAGAUCAUGCUGCUGGCCAAUCCAGCAAAGGAUAAGGUGCGUCUGCGCUACAAGCUGGCUUUUACUCUCGGAGACGCCCAUGCACGAGGUCGGAGAGGUUGA